GCCGACUUGCUGCGUAGUGUCGAGACGCCCGAUCCUGAUACAGCAGACCCCAUCGAGCAGGGGGUCCAGAUCCUGUUCCACACAAUCGACCAGUUGGCGCGGAAGAGCCAGCGGACGGUCCAGCGGUGCGGACAGGCAAUCCGCAUGGAGGCCGUACGCACGCAGGCGGGCGAGCUGCCAUACCAUCCGCUGAUCGCGUACAUGGACGAAAACAGCGUCCAGAAACACGUGCAGCCGUGGCAGCAGAUAGUCGGGUUCUUCGCGCGCACCCAGCAGCCGCACGACUGGGUGAGUCCCGUGUAUCAGUUUACCGCACGGCAGCAGCAGAAAUGGGCGCGGCUGUGGCAACUGGUCCAGUACCCGGAGCCGCAGCCGGAGCUGCAGGCGGUCGACGAGGCGCUGCAGCCGUGGCUGCUGGAAUGGCGCGAGCAGGCCUGCUUGGAGUUCUGCGUUGAGCUGCUAAAUCAGCGCCACCGCACGCACGAAUACGAAAGCGCACUG